UAAAGUUAAAGUAUUUGUGAUUGUAUAAAUAUAUAUGUGUCUUUCCUUGUUUUUAAACUGUAGGAUUCUCAUUAUGCCUUAUAUUAAAACAAGUCCGAAAAAACUGCCUUUGACCAAACAGUUGGACUUGAAGGCGCAGAAAUGCGGCCUCCGUCACACGGUGUUUGCUCCAAACGGCGAUCAGUACACAGGAGAGUGGCUGGACGACAGGAAGCACGGAAAAGGAACUCAACUGUGGAAGAAGUCCGGAGCCGCGUACAGAGGAGAAUGGAAAUGUGGCCAAUGUGACGGGUACGGUACCUUCAGCGUGUUAGUACCUGGAACCAACAAGUACGACAGGAAGUACUGCGGAAGAUGGAAGAAUGGGAAGAAGCACGGUUAUGGGACGUUUUUCUACAGGAACGCAGCGAUCUACGAAGGAGACUGGAGUGAGGACCAGAGGAGCGGCUGGGGCAGAAUGUACCAGGAAACGGGGGACAUUUAUGAGGGAGAGUGGCUGAGGGACAAACGCCACGGGCAAGGCAUUAUUCAGUUUGCAAAUGGAAACUGGUAUGAAGGAACCUGGAAAGACGGCAAGAAGAACGGUGAAGGGAAGUUCUACUACUGCGACAAAGGUCAACUGUACCAGGGCUUUUGGGUCGAUGGAGUCGCAAAAUGUGGCACCCUGACCGACUGUGAGCGAGACAAGGCACCGACGCCAACAAAAUAUCCAAUACCAAAGCUCCACCUGGUGGACGCAGAGCUGGUCUUGAAGGAAGCCCAGUCACUGCAUCAUGAUCAACGAGACCGAGAGGAAGGAGAAGAUUCUGACUGACAAAACCUGGGUUCAGUUCCCAGAGGAACCACACGCUUGACUGUUAAU